GAUUGUCAGGAUAUAAUCGGUCCUGAUUAUCAGAUGUUUUUAAACUAAUCAGCCGAUAGCGGGAAAAAUAGCCUUUACUGGCCGAUAAUAGGUGUGUGUGUGUGUGUGUGUGUGUGUGUGUAUAUAUCGGUAUAUCGGUGCAUCUCUACAUGAAAUAUUUUCAUUACUUUAAAAAUCUUCAAAGUUUAAUACACAUUUUUCGGAGGCCACUAUUAGGUUACAUGUGCAGUGCACUCUGGGUCGAUUACUUUAAUAAAAAGCUAGCCUUCUUUACAGUAAAAGAGAAGUGAGUCUAUAACACAUUGCCGCCACAAAAUAACUUCCUGUGUGACCGGAGUGUACACACACUGCUCGUUGGCAGAUGUUCCUGACACAAAUACUGGUGCCGCGUCUCUCUGGUGGUCUAAAUGGCAGUCUGUUUCCAGGUUGCUCAGUUUAAUGCAUCCUCUUGCUUGUGUCAGACCUUCACAACAUAUCUGGUCUUGCCUAUUCUCUACAGUGCCAUGCUCCCCAUAGGCCUGUCUGGAAAUCUCCUGUCUCUUUGGGUAUUCAUGGCAAAGAUUUCCACUAAAACCGCCACCCACAUCUACCUCAUCAACCUGGGGAUCUCAAAUCUGAUAUUGUGCCUCACUAUGCCUUUCAAUGCAGCCUACUACGCUCUCAGCACCAGCUGGCCCGCAUCCGGUCUGAUGUGUCAGAUAGCCAUUUAUGUCCUGACCCCAGUUCUCCACAACAACAUUGCAGGAGGCAUGUUCAUUCUCACUUGGCUGGCACUGAGUCGUUUUGCCACACUUGUCCAGCAGAACUAUGGCCAUCGCCCAAGCAGGUGCACCAAAGUCCUGCCAGAUAUCGUCUUAAGCAGACUGCAGAAAACUCCAUUUGCGCUGGCCAUAUGUGCAGGAACAUGGGCCUUUGUGGCGUUGGGGAUCGUUCCCACAGUGGUGGUUUACGCUACAAUGGAGACCAACAGAGUGGACAAUAACAGCGAGCAGGCAUGCUACAGUGUUCCAGUGGAGGUUGGUGGCUCUGGCUCUCAAGCAUUUGCCAUUGUAGGAAUCACCAUGUUCUUCCUCUGCCUGGUUUUGGUGUUGAGUGCCUACAUGGCUGUGAUCAGGCACAUCAACAGGACAAAAAUAAAUAGGGUCAUCUCUGACAGACAGAGGGUCUGUACAAGAGUGUGCCGCAACAUUUUGGUCAUCCAGAUUGUGCUCGUCAUUUGUCUCCUCCCAUACCACAUCUAUAAAGCUAUUUUCAUUGCCAUGGCACAGGACGACUCUCAGUCUGGAGACCUUCUCGCAGAAUGCCAUCGCUUUUCCAUGCACAUAGAAAUUAAGAAUGUUCUCCUCUGUCUGGCAGUACUACGCUGCAGCACAGACCCCAUCAUUUACUUCCUGCUGGACAAGACGUUUAAAAGGUAUGCAUGUGGUUUGUUUCGAGAAAGCUUUAACACAAGAGAGAGCCAAUCAUCCAGGACUAUGAAUGAAUUUGGACAGCUUAAUCAGUAUGACAGUGGUACAAUGAAACACGAGGCAAUUUCACAAUCAACUUCUCAUCGGUUUAAUCAUGAGGUGGAGUGAGAUGAUUCUAAAACAACUAUCGUGUUGGAGAUGUAUAGCGGAUAUGCAUCACAUUGUACUGCAAAGGAAAACUUACCUUAAGGAGGCUGCAUUCAUAUCAUACAAAUAAAAAGACUUUCAGGAUGAACCCUUUCAAAAGAGCUUUAACUACAAUGUACAGACUAAAGCAAAACAAAAAAACAAACAAAAACACCCACCACCACCACAAAAAAAAAUCAACAACAUUUAUAUAUAGAGGAAAUGGACAGCUGGAAGAUGAGAAUGAUAUGUGAUCUGUAAUAAAAUGUCUGUAACAUUUAAUUUUGUGCUAGAAAAGGAAUGUUUGGGAAUCUAAAAUGUUUUUUGUACUGUCUUUUCAUUUAAAAUGUAUUUAUAAAUUAUUAUUUUUUAA